UGGAUGGCGUUCUAUCCAUUAGAGAAGAAACAAAAGCGAAAACGACCCAAUUCAAAGCCCGCGCUGGAGCGGCGUGAAAUCGGUCACGGCAAGUUAUAAGUCACCUGUUCUCUUGUCGUGGAAAGGCCGCUGCAUUUCUUUUUCUGGUGAUUUCUUUCUAUCUUGACCAUCCCCUAUAACUCUUCCCUACAGUUAUUUUAUAUCAUAAAUGAGUGCGGAUCUUCCUCCACCUUAUUCACCCUCCGAAGCCAACGAUGCCGGCGAAGGCUCUUCUAGCGGGGCGCAAAGAGACGCCAAUCCAUACAGUUUACCAGAAUAUUCAUUCAAGUCAACGGAUGGCGAUUCGCUGGAAGACGAUACAGAUAUUUCCGACACGCCGACGACUACGGAGCUUGUGAUUGAAGAACAGAAUAAGAGCAUUCACCUGGAGGACGCUUGGGAAGGCGAUCGAUGUCGGCUGCUCACCAAGAAUGGCACCAUCGGCAUUCACAAUUCGUUAAAGGCAAAGUCGAUUGAAGUGCAAACCAGCAAUGGCAGUAUUCAUUUGGAGGGCCCUAUUCUGGCUUCCACCAGAGUGCUGGCCAAGACCAAUAAUGGAAGGAUUGAGGUUGCACAACUCGUGAGUGACGGUCACUGUGAGUUGCGCAGCAUGAAUGGCAAAAUUGAAGCCCAAAAUUUGCAAGCAAGGCAUCUCGAUGUCGCAACGAACAAUGGCACUAUUACUUUGGAAGAAGUGACCGGUGUCCAAUCCGUCAUGGUCGAGUCUCUUAACGCCAAAAUCGAUAUGCGAGUCAUUUCCGUCACGCCUCAUACACAGCUAAAAAUCAAAUCCAUCAACGGACACAUCACACUACACAUGCCUAUUACGUAUGAUGGACGAUUCUCUGUGAGAACAUCCAACGCGGAAGUCACUGUUCUUCCUCACAAAAUGAUCACCUUUGAAACCGACAGAAAAAAUGAGAAGGUUGGCGUCAGAGGCGAUGGCGUCGGUUCUUCUAAUUUAACGGUCGACACCACCAAUGCCAAGAUCGAUGUUUUUUUCGAUGUAUAAUUCCUUCACAUAUCAAUAAUACUAUGCUUUCAACUUACUAUUUACGGAUGUAUUUGAUGCAGCGGAUCCCCUCAAUGUAUCUCGCGUCCAUAUUGCCAAACAAGUCCAUCAUGGGUAAUGUAGACCACUUUUAAUUGGUUUUUAUCGAUUUGGUUAUAGUACGAUGGACGAGCAUUACGAUUUUAUAUGUGACUCGGUCAAGGCUUCAAUUCUUGGUUGUGGAUCGUGAGUUUGGGAGCGACAAGGAUGACAGUUUAGAAAGAGAAAGGACCUGCAGCUUCCAUCGAUUUAUAUGAAAUGCUGGGUUGUAUUUUGCCAAGGCUGUCGUGUAACCCGGUUUUCUGGGCAAAAAUGUCAAUGCAAGUGAGGGUUUUUGGACAAGUGUGGAUUUCCUGAUUCGGCCAACUGCGACUUUGG